AUUUUACAAGUCACGUGCCAGGACACGGAGCAUGAGAGCGAAGGAGUGCGCAAAGAAUCGAUAUCAGUAACCUCGACCUUGUUCUUCUAACUUGGCACAGACAACAAUGCUCCAAACGCAUCCCAAACUCUCUACUUUUUAUUGUCUCCGACGUAUGACCUGCUCGUUAUAGCGGAGGAGUUUGACGUGUCUACGGGGUUAUCGCUCGUGGUACCUUCCGGGACAUCCUCUCAUUGGACACAGCGAUGAUGGCGGCGAAGAUUGUAGUGGUGCGGACUAACUCAUCGAGGUGUAGGGGUCGUGGUGAUGGUGGUGGCGGUGUUGGAACGAACAAAAUUAUGCCGCUGCCGGCUUUGGGAUUGUGUGUGAUUCUUCUGUCGCUGGCGAGUCCAGGAGAGGCAAUCUACUUGGGCCCAAAGCUGUCGCACAUGGUUGUGGAUGGUGUCACGGGAGUGGUCUUCGUAGGAGGUGAGAACCAUUUGUACCAACUGGACUCUGAGCUCAACCUGUUUGUAGACGUGAAGACAGGACCCAGGAACGACAGCACCAAAUGCUUUCCGCCUCCUGGCUUCUGUUAUGCGAACAGGACUGCCACCAACAAUUACAAUAAGGUUUUGGUCGUGGACAGUCAGCGCCGGUACCUGAUCACGUGUGGCAGUGUGUUCCAGGGAUCGUGCGAGGCCAGGAGCCUCACCAACGCGUCCCGCGUCCUGCACACGCCCGAGGGGACCAACAUGAAGAACUCCGCUGUGGCGGCCAACACGGCCAAUGCCUCCACCGUGGCCUUCAUCGCCCCCGGACCCCCAGCACUCAUGGGCACCGUGUUGUACGUGGCCACCACCUAUACAGGCACCAGCCGUGAGAACCGAGUAUUCCGUGACGUGGUUCCCGCCAUCUCCACACGCAGCCUACAGGAGCACAACCGCUUCUCCCUGGCCCAAGUGGACAACAACUUCCUCAAGGGGAGACAAUCGGCGCUGUUCCUCAAGAGCGAGAUCGCCUCCACCUACCCCAUCGACUACGUGCACGGGUUCAGUUCGGGGGGCUUCAGUUACUUCCUGACUGUACAGCGGGACACGGUCAACUUACAGAACAGGGGGAAGAAGACCACGAAAAUCAUUCAGAUUUGCCAGGAGGACAGUUUCUUCUUCUCCUACGCCGAUAUUCCUCUGAGGUGCGUGAAGAACGGUGUGGAUUAUAACGUCCUGGAAACGGCGCGCCUGUUCUUCCCGGGGUCUGAACUUGCUCAGGAUAUGUUCGCCGGACGAAUUCCGGGAGACUCGCUAGUUGGCGUUUUCUCCCGGACCGACCCAGAGUGGAAGACAGUGGACUCGGCCAUCUGUGUGUACUCCAUGAAGGAGAUUCGGCAGAAAUUCCUGGAAAAUAUCAAGCUGUGCCAUCAGGGGAACUCUUCCGUCAGUGGCGGUGGAUAUUUGAGAGUCGGCCCGCGGGGGAACUGCAACCACCAG